AUGUGGGCUACUCCGGGUUACCACAAUGCCCUCAGAGACUCAGAAAGAUGCUUCAAUUUUGUCGAUCACCCCAAUCAGCAAUUUUCAUCCUAUGAUGAACCCUGCAACAGCCAGGGCUAUCCCAUUUUGUUCAGUGACCCAGAUCCCAAGCGAGUACACCUCCUUGCUCGGGCCCAGGUCCCUUGUAAAUGGACUCAUCCAAGUGCCAGUAGUGUGGAGGACAAGGCCUCCGUUGGCCUUACUCAACAGGUCGCCAUCAGGGUGAGGGUUCUCAACCAUCAAUGCAGAUCCUGCAACAGCCAGGAUCUUGUAGUGAUACAAGAACGAGAAAACAGCCAGCGGACGGGACGCAAGAACCCAGAAGAAAAGAAAAGCGGGAUGACCAAAAACCAGCCAGCGUGCAGGUCGCAAGAACCUGACAAACAGCCAGCGGCAGGGUCGCCAGAACCCUUGAAAGAACAUCGAGACUUCAUAUCAUGCCCCGGAAUAUGGGCCACUCCGGGUUACCAGAAUGCCCAUCAGGAGUCAGAGCAUGUUGCACCCAGCCUAGGGGACGAAGAGACCUCCGCCGGAGGGGCUGAAGCAUCUAAUGGGCCACUUCACACCAAUGGCCCAGAGGCCGUGAUUGCCAAGGAAGGACCAGCGCCACACCGCCUCAGCACCUUUUCAUGCCCCGGAAUCUGGGCCACUCCGGGUCACCAGAAUGCCCAGCCAGAUGAGCAGGUCCCCCGAAUGGCCGACAGCUAUGGAUGUCCCAACACCUGGGCCACCCUUGAACUCCACAAUUUCCAUGGGGUCCCUACCAGGGUUGCCCACGCACGACCAGAGGGACAAGCGUAUCCCUAUGCAACUGAAGUAGAGCCCUGCAUGCUUCAACCCGGCAUCACGGCAAGGGCUGGGCAUGAAGGACAGGAAUACAUGAUCGAUCACAACCAGCUAAUUGCAUGCCCCGGAAUUUGGGCCACUCCGGGUUACCAGAAUGCCCAGAUCAGGACUCCCAAGACCAUCCUCGUAGAGCACAGCGGUGAAAGCCCCAUUUUGCUCAGGGCCGCAGAACCCAAGCGAGGAUACCAUCAAUGCCGUGCCCAGCUCCCUUGCGAUAGGCAUAAUCAUACCAUUGCACGUGGUGGUCCCAUUCGAAGGCUAGCCAUCUGGGAGAUGUUCAACCAGCAAUGUAGAUCCUGCAACAGCCAGGAUCCAGACAUGACACAAGAACCAGAAAACAGCCAGCGGACGGGAAGCCAGCACCCAGAAGAAAAGAAAAGCGGGAUGACCCACAACCAGCCAGCGGGCAGGACGCAAGAACCUGACAGACAGCCAGCGGUAGGGUCGCAAGAACCCAAUACAGACCAUCCAGAUCCUCUUUCAUGCCCCGGAAUAUGGGCCACUCCGGGUUACCAGAAUGCCCACUGUGAGACAUGGCAAGGAGCCUCUAACUCACAGGAUGUAGAGGUCUCUGCCAAGGGGGUCGAAGCAUGGGAUAGGUCUCAACACCUAUGGCAAUUUAUAGUGGACACCCGUGGCCGGAUGGACUUCAUGCCAGGGGAGGGGUCGCAAGUACCCUUUCCAGCCCAUCAUGCCUCUCCUUCAUGCCUCGGAAUAGCGGCCACUCCGGGCUGCCAGGAUGCCCACAUGUGGUCAGGACAUGCUGCACAGGGUCCACAUGACGGGGAAGACGCCGCCAGAGGGGUCGAAGUUUAUGAGAAGACACCAGGCACCCAGGGCAUUCCCGAUUCGACUGCCCAGGUUAGACCAGUGCAACAAUGCUCGAAGAAUCUUUCAUGCCCCGGAAUAUGGGCAACUCCGGGUUACCAGAAUGCCCAGUCAGAAGAAAGUGCCAGCCGACAGGAAGUCAUGCAAGUCAAGGUCGGGCACACCAAGGUAGCCCAUGAGGUAGACCAGCCAACAGACUUUGACGUCGUUGCAUUCAUGGCUGCAGGUGUGCAUCUCCGCCCAACCAAGGUCGGAGAAACUCCAGCCCCACACCUUGUGGACGAUCCUGCAAUUGCUGCACAGGAAAACAUGUUUGAUGGCGACGAGGAUCCCGGAUCCUCCGAUGAUGAUAGUUCCACCAGUGAAGAUAAUCCGACCUGGCGUAACUUCUAUGUCUAUACCGUGCAUCAGCCUCCAGUGCAGGUUAGUCUCCUCAUGAUUCGCCCGCGCGUACAGCAUCACCAAUGCGCCAGAGCGUUGGGGUGGACUGUGGCACAACUGGCCGCCAAGUAUGUUGUCACACCCUGCCCAGAAGAUCUUCUGCAGUCAAGGCUCAGGGGUAUGUUGGCAAGAUACCAAGAUGAUCCCAGCGAAGAAGGCCCAUUAGCCAUGGUACUCAUCGAUGUCGAAUUUCACCCGCCAGCUCCACGGUGGGAUCCAGAGAUCAUCCGCACUGCAAUGUUUGUCCCUAGAGACCUUACCAACCACCAAUUUCUGGAAUCCAUGCACCUUCUGCCCUACUGUCGUUACAAUCGUAGCCUGCUUGAGGAUGAGGCCACUUCCACACGAUGCAUUGCCAUGGCAUGUUAUCAAGGAAUUGGACAAGACUCUUUUGCAUUCUUUGGGGAAUUAGUUGAGGAAUAUAACCUUUGGAGCAUGCCCAACCCAAGCCAAGUCUUGGUAGUAGACAGCCCGGAGGAUGCACCUGAUGAUGAACAAGUCUCGCUCAUUCAAAGCGUUCGCCUCCCACAAGCAAUGAGAACCCCUGCCAACGCAGACAAUCAGGUUUUCUCGGCCCAACCAAACCAGGAAAGCAAGCCCUGCUCUUCCAGAAGCAUCGGCCCAUGUCCACAGAGUCAGAAUGCUGAUGGUGAUGUGCCGGAAUCCGGAAUACAGGCCACUCCGGAGUACCAUAAUGCCUGUUGGUUUUUGCGGUAUUGGUCCAUAGCCAAGACAGUCGAGGGACUGAGUGGGCAAAGCAUUGAUACGUGCUUUCUACCCACCGGCCUCCACUCCAGUCCGCCCAAUGAAGGUAGCAAAUCUUUCCUGUGCAUGCAUCGGCUAGGGGAGGCAUCCAAACCUGGCCCACAGCAAGCAAACGAAGGAUGGGCAAUUGCUGCCAUCAACCCGACAGGCCUUUCCGGAAAGGCAAAGCAAUUCAGUGACAUGCCAGCAGGAAUCUAUGCAAUUUCCGAAACACAUCUCUCAGCACGUGGUCAAGCCAGAUUCCGCGAGGAGCUUUUCCAUGCCAAGUCUAGCCUCAAGUUGUACCCAGGGUACCGAGCCCCGCUGAAGAAAGACUCCAUCCAGGCUGUCGGUGGUAAACAUACAGGAGUGGCAUUCUUGACCCACUUCCCGACCCGACCGGUCACUAGUGGAUGGAAUGAAGAGCUUUACCAGACCAGCCGUAUCCAUGCAGCAGUGUUCAUGGUUCAGAACACCUGGAUCGCAGGAGGGGUAUGCUAUGGGUACGCCAAAGAUGCUGACUCCCCCGCGGUGCAAGAGAACACAAACCGACUCUUGCAGGAAGUCGCCAGGCAAGUUAUGCACGGCUUCAAAGGCCCGGCGUUCAUAGCAGGGGACUUCAACCAAGUUCCUGGGGUCUUGUCCGAAACCACCAAGUGGGAGCAGAAAGGAUGGAGAGAUGUCCAAACAUGGGCAGCCGAGAGGUAUGGGAUCAGCCCAGGAGUAACUUGCCAAUUCACUUCCAGGAAAGACUUUGUAUACCUAUCUCCUGAAUUGCAAGCAAUGUUGUCAGGAUGCACCAAUUCCUUUGACCGCUGGCCGGACCAUUCCACGCUCAUGGGGAAUUUCACAUACCCGAGCCAACCAGAACCUCAGCCAAGGUGGGACCGUCCAGCAUCGAUAGAUUACAGUAUCAUCGACAGCAAGACCAUUGCAAGCACCCCUUGCUCCCCCGCACCAAUCAAGGGAGAUCCCACGGAGCAGUACAAAGCCAUUUGCCGCAAGUUUGAACAACAUGUGCAGGAUUGCCUCAAGGCCAAGGGUAAAGUUGGACUCCAACCGAACCAAAAGGGACGGGGUCACACGUUGAAACGCACCUUUAGGCACUCAGUUGUUGCUCCUGUCAAACCAGCUAGACAGGGAGAUUACCAACCCUCGGUCCACACAUGGUCACUGCUGCACAGUCGCUGGAUCACUCAGUGUCGACGGCUCCAAAGCUAUGCAAAGCACAUUGGUAAGGGUAGCAUCACUCCCAACGCCAUCGAGCACCGAGCCGCUCUUUGGAGGGCUAUCCGAAAAGCACUGGGAUUCUCCGGAGGAUUUCCCAAGUGGUGGGCCGAACAAGCCAGUGACCACCCGAACCUCCUUCCAUGGAUCCCAGUUGACCCACCAAACCCUGCCAUCGCAAAACACAUCAGUGACCAUUUCUUGGCCGUUUUGUCUGCAAUGGAAUCCCGAAUCAUCCAGCAAAGGGUUGCCCAGGCAAGACAAAACCGCAUCGAGGACACCAACAGAGUUUUCAAGGAUGUUCGACGCCCCAUGCCAGUCCCAGUCAGCAUGUUAGUCGCCAAGGCAUCAACUCAGGUCACAGAAGUGGUCGAUGAGGGAUCAGUUGAGGUCGCAGACUCUACGCCGAUCCAAGAUGCAGCUGUCCUUGAAACACGCACUGGCCCGAUGCAGGUGAUACAUAUAGAGGCCAACCAGAUCUGGUUCACCUCUCCUCACACUCUGGUGCCAGGCGACGAGGUGGCCAUAGUAGAGUUGCAAGGCAAAGUCCAAGAAGUGCACAGUGCAUUCCUCCAGGAAUGGACUAAGAGAUGGGACCGACACAAGCAUUUGGAUCCCACCCACUGGGAUGAGGUGAUCGCCCUAACGCAGUCCAUCCUUCAUGCAGAACAGAUGGAAUUGGCUCCUCUCACGCUUGCCAAGUGGAAGCAUGCCCUGAAGUCGAAGAAGGCUACCGCAGCCACUGGAUUGGAUGGAUUGGCAAGAAAAGACCUGUUGUCAUUCCCCGACGUUUUGCAUGAACAAUUGCCGGAAAUUUUCAGGCACGCAGAACGUACAGGGCAAUGGCCCCAGCAACUCCUCCAAGGGGCGGUGCAUGCAUUAGAGAAAACGGCCAAUGCAGAGAAAGUCUCGCAGUACAGGCCGAUAACGAUAAUGCCAUGCGCAUAUCGCAUUUAUUCAUCCAUCAGAGCAAGGGAAGUCCUCCAACACUUGGCUAAGGUUCUUCCGCCCACCUUGCUUGGAAAUAUCCCUGGAAAACAGGCAAUUGGUUUGUGGUGGACGCUGCAGCACAGAAUCGAGCAGGCGAUGUAUGCUGGUGAGCCACUGACAGGUGCAGUAUCCGACCUUUGCAAGGCUUUCAAUCACUUGCCCCGCCUGGUGACAUUUCAGGCUGCGGCGUCGCUGGGAGUUCAUCCAGACAUCAUUAGAGCCUGGUCAGCCUCCACAGUUCAUCUGCAGCGGCAUUUUGUUGUAAGGGAUUGCCCGUCAGCACAGGUCACAUCCACCACCGGGUUUGUCGAAGGUUGCGGGAUGAGUGUGGUAGGGAUGGUGCUGAUCAACGCACUUGUGCAUGCGUAUAUGCAACACCAGCAUCCUCAGACAGUGUUCACCACCUAUGUGGACAAUUAUGAGUUGCAAGCUCCGACAGUUGAGCAAACAACCAAAGCCUUGUCUUCCCUUCAAGGGUUUUGUGACCUUCUGGAUGUCCAGCUUGAUGUCAACAAGACGUAUCACUGGGCUUGUGAUGCAGCUGGCAGAGCUCACCUGAGGGCCCAAAAUGACCUUCCAGUUCGGUCUGCCAAAGACUUGGGAGCGCACAUGCAGUACACAGCCAACCAGACCAAUGGCACUGUCCUGGCCAAAUUCCGCCAGCUUCCUGAACUCUGGCACAAGUUGGCUCGGAGUCAUGCCCCUCAGUCGCAAAAACUCAAGGUUCUCAGAGUAGUUGCAUGGCCGCGAACACUGUAUUCAGGUUCCAUAGUUCAUAUUGGUCCCGCCCAUUUUGAUGAAGCAAGAGCAGGAGCAUUCAAGGCCAUUGGGAUGCAAAAGUCAGGAGCCAAUGCACAGAUCUUCCUGUCACUGGUGGCCACGGUGAGCUCAGAUCCCGAGUUUUAUGCACUGUGGAACACCGUCACACAGUUUCGCCGCCACAUCAUGGAAGACCUGUUGGACAUUACGUUGCAGCAAGCAGCAAUCACUCCUCCCCGGAGACGCAAACCGGGCCCUGGAGGAGUCCUAGUCACCAGACUGGAGCAAAUUUGCUGGAGUUAUGUCCAGAAUGGGAUUUUCAGAGAUGGUGAAGGUGGCAGCAUCCACAUCUUGCACACCCCACGGCAAGAGCUGAAAGCUCGCCUGAGCAGAGCCUGGCAGCAUGCAGUAGGCCGCCGGUGGGAGCACCGCAAAGGGUUUCAGGGCCUCCGCUAUGUUUGCCCCAUGAUUUCUCAGAUUGAUCGCACUCAGCACGCCCCGGAUGCUGUAGGUUUCCUUCAAGUUGCGCAGACAAGGGCCUUUUACACGGCUGAUUGCCUAAAGCAUUCUGGAUUCACUGACUCAUCGGCUUGCACACGAUGUUCAGCAGAGGACUCAGUGGAGCACCGCCAUUGGCAAUGCCCAGCCACAGCACCAAGCAGGGCCCUGAUCCCUCCCUCAGUGCAGGCACGGAUUGACACCAUGGAACCAUGCCUACGCCAGCAUGGAUGGAUGCCAGAACCCAAGGAGGUAAGAGACUACAAGCUUAGCCUGGCAGAAGUACCCGACACAAUGUGUAACUACGCCCACGCCGGGGCCCAGUCACAUUUUGACCUUUUCUGUGAUGGGACAGGCCUGGACCCCAAACGACCACAAACCAGACUGGUGGCAUGGGCAGUAGUCCUUGCAGGGGUAGACCCACAAACCCCCCACGCACCGCUUGCGUGGGGAGGGGUGCGUGGACAAUGGCAGACGGUGAUGAGAGCUGAACUCACCGCAUUUGUCUCCGCCCUGUGUUUCGGCGUUUCCACGGGCACCACUUUUGCAAUCUGGAGUGACUGUGAAGUUAUUGUCAAGAGGGCCCGCCGUAUCCAGCAAGGUACGUUUGAAGUCACCUCAAUAUGCACAGACCAUGAUUUGUGGAUGAUCGUACAAGACCGACUGCCUGAUUCCAGCGUAUGUAGCCUCCACCACAUUAGGUCGCAUCAGGACUAUGUGGGUGAUGAAUCCUGGGUUCAGUGGGCGUGUUCGGCCAAUGACACGGCGGACCUGCUCGCCACAUGGGCAUUGGAAAACCUCCCACCCAAUGUCCGCCAUCACCAGCAGAAGGCAUCAGAAGCAGUGGCCAACGCCAAAGAAGUGGUUCAACAUGUGCAUUCCCAUAUGGUGCGAGUUGCGCAAUUAGCCGUGACCACUGCGGCUCCUUCUCCGGCCCCAGUGUAUCGCUUGCCAGACACCAUGAUUCUGGAGUGGCGCGCUAUAGCGGAAAAGGCAGUCGAUGCAGCCCCGGCAAACCUACGGUUCCCCAAGUGGCUCACCAUUUUGGACUGGAUGAGAGAGAUUGACGACCAGACAGCUGCACCACGGUGGCUAAGUUGGUACGAACUUCUGGUGUCUUAUCAACUCUAUGCAGGGGAAUGGGGGCCUGAGAGUACCUCGAGCCACAAUACAUGGCGCAUGAACCCAAGGUUACAGGAGUACUGCGGCAAACAAGCACUGCGUUCGUGGGCGGCGUAUUUGCUGAACCUCAUCAAGCUCCAGUACCCCCAUCACAAACCAAUUGAUGGCAGACCGUCCAAUCCCAGAUUCCAUUGUUGGACGAUGGGGAUCCUGUGUCGAAUCUCAGACACCCAUGCUGACUCGAUCCGCAACUGGCUGGAUUCAACCUUGGGGGACGUCCGCAUCACUAAGAUGACCAUCUUGCACCAGACUGGACCUGCGGAAGCCGUGCGGCCGCCUCCAAAGGCCAGUCAAUCAGAGCACGGGCUGCAUAGAUUCUGGCAAAGCCAGCGAUAG